AUGAUAGAAGACGCGGUUUUCACUAAAUUCAAGGAAAAGAACGCCAUUAAGUUCUACGAUUCACCGCAAAACAGUGUUCUGGUAACGUACGGUGAACUAUGGAGCUCGAUACGGCAAAUAGCGGAUGUAAUUCGCAGGCAAAACCUCGAAGGCAGAUGGAUAGGUGUGAAGUUGCCACACUCGGUCGCUCUGAUUGCCGUUAUAGGCGGCAUUAUCAAAUCGCAGAACAGCUUUUUCUGCAUCGAUCACCGGAUCCCGGCGACGAAAGGGCUAGCAACGAAAAAGGCGUUUUCCCGAGAGUGUGCGGCAAUCUUUUAUGCUACCGAUGAAGAGCCGUGCGAAAGCUACAUACCGCUGUUUAGUAUCUGCGUGGGAGGUACGAAACUUACGAUGGCUAUCUCUCCUUCCAGCGAUGAUCGCAUGUGUUCCUCGGCGGGCUUCUGUGUGCAUACAUCCGGUUCCACGGGCCCACCGAAAACGAUCUUCGUCCCGCCAGAGUGUAUCCUGCCGAACGUAUCGGCGUUGACCGAACGCUUCCAGCUGAGCGAACGGGAUCUCAUCUUUGCGUCCUCGCCACCAACCUUCGAUCCAUUUGUGCUGGAUGUUCUGCUGGCACUACGGAACGGCGCAACGUUGCUGUUGGUAGCAAACGAGUUUCGUCUAUCGGCGGGGAAAUUGCUGCCUUUGUUGUUUCCAGGGGUAACCAUCAUGCAGAUGACGCCGUCUAUGUUUAUGCGUUGGAGCCCGGAAGCGAUAGCGGAAACGAUUCUAGCACGGCAAAGCACUCUACGAAUACUCGUUCUCGGUGGAGAACCGUUUCCAGCUUUUCCGAUCCCUGUCGAUACCCAAACUAUACUGUUCAACAUCUACGGUAUCACGGAAGUAUCCUGUUGGAGUACGAUGGAACGGGUUACAGAGAUGAAUGGUGGUGCGGUGUCGCUCGGGCAACCUCUUGAUUCUUCGAUCGUUUUGGAGUUACGUAGCACCGUCAAUGGCCAACUGUUAGAGGAACCGGAUGAGACAGGUUCGAUCGUUGGUCAGUUGUUCAUCGGUAGCAGCUCAAGGAUGUGCCGGAUAAGUGGUGAAGUGUCAGUAGAAAGCAUCGACGAUCAGCCACUGUUCCGUGCAACGGGAGAUUUGGUGGAGCUAACAAGGGACAAACGUUACGUUUACCGAGGAAGGUGCUGCCGGACAAUCAAACGUUUGGGCUGUCGAGUCAAUUUGGAUGAGCUCGAGCAGUGUCUCAGUCUGCAUGAAGACGUGUUACGAUGCGCAACGUGUGUUGUGGAGCAAGACACACGCCUGGUGCUAUUCUUCCAGUCUCGCUCGGUCGAAGAUGCGAUUGAACGGAAGCUGUGGUCGUUUCUUCGUUCCAAGCUGCCAACACAAAUGCUGCCAGACGAGCUGGUCCGUAUCGAGAGUGUUCCGCUGUCGGCUCAUGGCAAAACUUGCCACGAAGGUUUAGCGAAAGCAUACGAACAAAGGAAACAAAGUAUGAUCGACGGCUCGUCCAAUCCCGUGGAAUACUUUAACCGGCAGCUCAUCGCUAUCGGUGUACUGCCGAAUAUUGUGCUGACAACGCAUCCAUCGUUUGAACCGCGGACUGCAAAAAGAGGGAAACUGAGCUCGUUCAGCGAUUUGGGAGGCAGCUCUCUAGCCGCUUUGCGUCUGCAUGCAACAAUGAAGUCUAGGUAUGGCGUAGAGUUUCCAGAUCUGCUUUCUUUCCUGCUUGAUCCGACCGUUUCGUUGGAUGAUGCUGUUCGGUACGUGCAAACGGAAACGAGAAAUGCAUUCCCUGUGAACGAAACACUCAGUUCAUCGAAGGAAUCGUCAGCGAACGAAAAAUUGACAAUCGUCUGCAGGUAUGACUUAGGAAAGUGUAUCGAUGCUCGCCCAUCGACCACUUCCUGCGUAUCCGGUACGAUCGUUAGCGUUGGGAGUCACUCUGGAGUAUUGCUAACAAUCAACGCCGAUACCAACGAGGUGCUCUCGCGCAUACAGCUUCCCGAUCGGAUUGAAUGUUCGGUUAGUUUUCUCCCGUCAAAUGGCCAAACAAGGACACAGUCCGGAGUGGUAGGCUGUUACGAUGGAUUUUUGUACUGUUUCGAUCCACUCGCGGGGACGAUCUUGUGGAAGUACAGUGCUGGAGGAAUGAUCAAAUCCACUCCACUAGUUCUUCGAUCAAGUUGUAUAAGUGUCAUCUUCGGUAGUUACGGUACAGUACGGAAUCUUCACUGUCUAAUGCAGGAUGGUACGGUAAGUUGGACACAACAAAUCGGAACCAAACCGAUACUAGCCGGACCGGUAGCAGUGAAUCCUGGGAGUGUCUUUGUGGCCACAUUGGAUGGGACACUUGCGCUACUAGAUGCGUUAGACGGUAGUAUUCGAUGGGAGAAAAGGAUUUCCAGCAAUGUGCCCAUAUUCAGUUCACCUGUGUACACGGAAGAUCUCGAUUCAAUUUUCGUAUGCGGAGUAGAUGGAACACUCUGUGUGUAUGACGUUACCAGUGGGGAUCAACAUGCCACCUAUAAGCUAGCGGGCAGCGUAUUCUCUUCGAUAUCAGUCAGAGCCGAAUCCUCCGGUAAAGCGGAUCUAUUCGUUGGUUGCUAUGACAAACACGUAUACUGUCUGGGUUAUGAACGAGGCAAAGUGAGGCUCAGGUGGAAACUAGCACUGCAAUCCCAAAUCUACGGAACCCCAUUGAUAAUCGAUGAUAGACUGGUGGUAUAUACGACGGUCGGUUACGUUAACUUAAUCCAUUUAGGUGCUCUUGCCAAUGGAGAUGAGCCUUACGAAAUCGUAGCGCAGCAUCAAAUGGAAGGAGAGCUCUUUGCGACACCUCUCGCAAUUGGUAAUAUAGUUUACGCUGGUUGUCGGGAUAACUUUUUGUACAAAUUCAUAAUUGGCUCGUGAUAGAUUAAGGAAGAAAACGAAAUACAGUUAAAUUGUAACAUACCUAAAAUGGCCUUAAACUUGUAACUGU